AUGAGAAUGUUCCUGUUACCGGCAUCCAUUACUAGGAAGUUGAAUCAGAUUCUUAGGAAAUUCUGGUGGGGAUUCAAUGAAGACUCCUCCAAAAUUCAAUGGGUUAAGUGGAAGCAACUCAGUGGCAGUAAAGAAAUAGGAGGACUUGGUUUUAGAGAUCUAAGAUGCUUUAAUCUUGCUUUACUCUCAAAGCAGGGAUGGAGGAUCCUUCAAAAUCCAACAUCCCUAGUGGCACAAAUUUUAAAGCAAAAGUAUUUUAACAAAGGAGAUUUGCUUGAAGCAAAAUUGGGGACAAGGCCUUCCUUUGCAUGGAGAGGCAUUCAUGCUGGCUUAAUACUGUUAAAGAAAGGCCUCAUAUGGAGGGCUGGAAAUGGCCAGAAGAUAAACAUUUGGCAAGACAAAUGGAUCCCUUCACUACCCGCCCAAAAGAUCUUGACUCCUUGA